CACGACAUUGUUUGGAUGUAUAUGGAAAUAAGGUGGAUGAGACUUGAGAGUGUAGGCAGACGUGUGGAGGUUGGACGAGAGGCGGGUAUGCGUGCAUUUUGCAAGAGAAAUUCCGAAAGAAGGGAAUAGGAAAAGUGAUAGUUUCAUGGUGGAGUGCUGCAAAAGAUUCCAGAGGGGAUGCGAGCAAGCUUUGAUAUGUUGGAAGGUGAAGUUUUGAUGGAGAGGCUUGGAGAUGGAGUCGAGUCGAGUCUGUCGAGACCUGGGUUCGUCCCUUUAGUGUGUCUUCUCUGCCAUUUUCUCGCAUAUAUUUAUGAGAAAUUUCCUCUUCGUUUCGAUCAUUCACAACCAACAAAACCCAAAACCCAAAACCCUACUCUUCAAAACCCUCUUGCAAAACCUAUAAACCCUUCAAUCGUCAAACCCAUCUUGUUCCCAAACCAGGACAAUCAUUAGCCUCAAUGUGUCUGCAAUGCAUUGAAGAAAACGUGGGAAAAAGAAAUGAAUUUACUUUUGUUUUAUGUUGCUAAAGACCAUGGAAGCCUCACAGCCUUUAGCGACUGAAAGUUUUUCAUACAGUUGGUUGUCAAACGUAAGACCCACCUUGGAUGGACUUGACAGGCCAUUUAGAGCAUCACUUGAUAGUUCUCAUGCAGCCACCUCGAAAGAAUUGGACUACAAGAUGAUAAAGUCGAGGAGAUGCUCUGAAGAAUCCCAGGACUUUGAUUUCAAAAUUCCCACAUCCCAAUCUCCUCCUCUUGCUCAUGCUGAUGAGCUUUUUUUCAAUGGAGUCAUUAAACCUGCAUCUGUCAACCCAUCUAGGAUAGUGGUGUCCAAUGACUCUAAUAACAAUCCUGUCAUGCCUUCCUCUUCAUCCUCUUCCAGAAUUGCUAUUCAAGUGGUUCAAGAUCAUAACAGUCAUUUUCUGAGAAGAUGGAAAAAACCAUUAGAGCGAAUCUUGCUGAAGUGUUUUGGAUGUUUUAGACCUUUAUGCCAUAAAAUAAAGGGCUCAAGAAAAUGUACUAGAGUUGAUGAUAUUGAUAGGAGAGUAUCGGAAGUUAAGAGCUGGAGCAAGUCACCACAAGCAUCUCCACAACCAAGUAUGGUUUGUUCAACAGGUGAUUGCCGUGAUAGGGAGAGCUCAAUUUAUGAGGCGGUUCUUCAUUGCAAAAGAUCAAUAGAAAAAUGAUGUCUUUUGCAUAGAAAGAGAGAAAGAGAAGGAGGUGAGAGCUUCUAGAAGUACAUACAUGGUAGGAGAUCAAGCACAACCUGUUCUUUGUCCUAUUUCACUGGCCUCUUUCUUCUGGUUAUUUUGUGUAAAUUUUUGUCUUGUGAAGCAAGACAAGCUUGACAGACACAUAGCUGUGCUGACAAAACAAUAUGAAAAUCGGAUGUUGUUUGUGUCCUUC